AUGGCGCCGACCGGUGAAGCUGUAGACAAAAUGACGCAACUGAAACGAAAGCGGAAAGCCGUGCGAAGUAAUGUUUCUCGCUUUUCUACUGAAAUUGAUACUUUGAACGAUGAUGAUUUCUCAAUUGAGAAAGUUGAAUAUAUUUGUAAUCGCUUAAAAACUACUUUAAAUGAUAUGAAACUAUUAGAUAACAAAAUUCACAACUUCCUUUCUGACGAUGAAUAUGAAAGUGAUAAUUUGCAGUGUGAAAACUACAUAGAUACUGAUGCCAAUCCACAUCUUUCUGUUGUUGAUAAACAUGUUUUCCUCAGAGGUUAUUUAGAUGGUGAAGCUAAACGCCUUGUUGAUGGAAUUAGUGUAAUAGGAGACACCUAUGAAACAACAAAAUUGUUGGAGGAAAGAUAUGGAAAUAAAGAUCGAAUUAUCCAAUCACACUUAGAUUACUUAGAGCAUUUAAAUGUUUUUCAAGACCCAUCUCCUACGCAUCUAAAUGAUCUUUACAUAGAAUGUAACAGAAGAAUUCAAGCUUUAACUGCUCUGGGUGAAAAUAUUGAAGCAUACGGUAGAAUCCUAGUGCCAAAAAUUAUUCGUGCAUUCCCCAAUGAUAUUUGUUGCCGCUGGAUUAUCUAUGCCAAGCGUGAAAAACUAAACGAAGGACAUUGGCCUCAAUAUUGUGAAACUGUUACAGACUAUGAUACUCGUGUUCAGAAACUUAAAACUUCAAAUCGCUGCUUUCUGUGUACUAACCGUGGUCAUAGAGUUUCAAACUGCCCAAGAAAAAAUACUGCACGAUGCACUAAAUGCAAGAAAAGGCAUCAUGUUUCUAUUUGUCCUCCUGUUGAAAACAAUCAACUGCGGAUAACUAACAGUGCUGUAAAUCACAUAACCUUUCCUAAAACAAUUUUCACACAUUUGCAAACUGCUCGUGUGUAUGUUACUGGCCCCACAGGCAUUACUAAAUUAACACGCUGCAUUUUAGAUGGUGGUAGCCAAGCAAGUUUUGUUCACACAAACCUCAUUGAAAAACUUAAGCUUAAAGUUGUCAGUUCUGCCUCACUUUCAGUUCAAGCAUUUGAAUCUUUUACUUCACAAGAACAACGUAGAUGUGUUCAACUGUCACUUUCAAGUUUGUGGAGCAACCAAGCAUUUUUGAUCUCCGCAUUUGAAAGCUCCAAUUCCUAUACUACACAUCCUACUGCUCCACCAGAAAUAGUUCACUUUGCUCAGAAGAAAAGAUUGAGAAUUGCUGAUCCACCGGAUGACUCUUCACUGCCCAUAGAAAUACUUAUUGGUGGUGAUCAUUAUUGGCAAAUUGUUUCCGCAGAAGCUCCAAUCAAGCUUUCAGAAUCUUUUGUUAUGGUACCGUCAGUGUUUGGAUGGGUUCUUAGUGGAACAAGAACAACGAACGAAUACUACAAUCGCUGA